AUGGCAGGCUCAAAGCAAAGAACCAUCCUCAUCUCUGGAUGCACCGAAGGAGGUGCCGGCAAUGCUCUGGCGCUCGCAUUCGCCGCCGCGGGUCUUCGAGUGUUCGCAACCGCCCGUUCACUCAAGUCUAUGAAGAAUCUGCAAGAUCAAAAGAACAUUGAGACUUUCACGCUCGACGUAACGAGCCAAGACAGCAUCAACAACAUCAAGGCUGAGAUCUCAAGACUAACCGGCGGCACGCUGGAUAUCCUCUACAACAACGCCGGUGCUCUGUACGAGUCACCCGCAAUCGAAGCAGACUCCGAUCGCGUCCGGAAAAUGUUCAACGCCAACGUCUUCGGCCUGUUCGACAUGGUGACGGCCUUCACGCCCCUCCUCCUGGCCGCAGUGCCCACCUCCAGCACACCCCCCACAAUCGUCAACGUCGCCUCCGUCCUCGCACGCCUCCCGGGACCCUUCACAUCCGGCUACAACGCCAGCAAAGCCGCCGUGGCGUCGUACUCGGACACCCUCCGCCUCGAGGUCAGCCCCCUCGGCCUCAAGGUAUUGACGGUAUACAUGGGCGAGGUCUCGACGGCCAUUAUCCAGGCGGACAACGUCAAGUUCGCGCCGGACAGCGUGUACGCCGACACGGAGGCCAAGAUCAGGGAGAGGAGCGCCACGCACGAGAAGACCACGAUGAAACCCGAAGAGUUUGCACGCCAGGUCGUGCCGGAGGUGUUGAGCGCCAAGAGCCCCUAUGUCUGGAAGGGCACCAAUGCCUUCAUCGUCUGGCUGCUGAAUGCUUUUGGGCCCAGGACAGUGUUUGACAGUACCAUGAAUGGCGCUUCUGGGCUGAGUGACCAGUCUAUCAGGAAGAAGAUAUUCCAGAGGGGGCAGGACAAGUUGAAGAUUGCCUAG